UCUCCUAAUCUAUGCAACGAUUGGAUCCGAUAAUGGAUCCGAUUGUCUGGACUUUAGGUCCGUUAGUAAAGCUGAUGAUGAGUGCACUUAAAUCUCACGGAUGUGAGGUCGAUAUCCGAAGACACAUAUCGUGCGAAUGCUGUUCAUCUGAAGUGACCGGUGGGUAUGACCCGCACCUGAACCAAGUGGUGAUCUGUCAGAAUCGUAUCUGGAAUAAGGGUAUAAUCCGUGGUAUUCUGUCGCAUGAAUUCCUCCAUAUGUUCGACUACUGUAGGGCUAAGUUUGACUUC